AGUUAUAAGAGCGCCUCUAGUGGUAGAAUAUCAAGGACGGUAGUUACUUUGAUUUACAGAGUAGUUCAUCUGUAUUACUGGGAACUGCAAACUCUAACCUCAAAUAAUUUGAUUUGCUGAGUAAGUAAAAGUAAAUAGUGCCUAAAAGAAAUGGCCAACAAGCGUAGAAAAACCCAAAAGCUAGAGGACGGAGACUCCAAGCCUAUCAUCGAUUACAAAAUUCACUUGGCAGCCGCCGUGCACCUCCCCAAACUAAAUAUCCAAAAAAAUGAAGACGUAAGUUUCAAAUGUAAGGAAUGUGAAUACGUAACGAAGCUAAAGGGGAACCUCAAGGUGCACGCCGUUGUGCAUUCGGGCGAACGCAACUUCCCAUGUGAGUACUGCCCCUACAAGGCAACACAAUCUUCUAGUCUUAAAACCCACGUCAGACUAAAGCAUGGAAAACCUAGAAAAUUAAAGUGCGAGCUGUGUAAAUAUACGACAGCAUUAAGAGGUAAUCUAAAGAAACACGCGGUGGUGCAUACGGGGGAGAAGAAUUUCAAAUCGCCACUGUGCGAUUUUAGAGCAGGACAAUCAAGUACCGUUACAACACAUAUUCGACUGUGUCACAGACAGGAUGCGAAAAUGUUUCAAUGUGAGCACUGCCAGUAUGAGACUCCACAUAAGGGGAACCUUAAAAAACACAACGCGAUACAUUAUUAGUUUCUUUUUUACAAUUUUUGUUUUAUUUUGAUGAUCAGUUGUAAAUAAACACGUUGCAAGUUC